AUGAGACACGUCGUCUUCUUGACCGGCCUCCUGGCCGCUGUCGGCCCCUUCCUGGUCGGCGCCCAGACCCAGAGCGGCGGAGACGAGCCGGACGUAAGCCCGACGAUCGGCACAGUCAAGCUCGAGCCCAGCUUCGUUGAGUGGCUCAGGCAGCAGCGGAAGCUCAAGAAGGUCGACGUCCCGCCCAAUCUUCCGGCCUUGAACUCCUUCACCACCGUCACCACCACCGGCUCGGGCUCCCCGGCGUCUACUGCCACCCGCGUCAUUUUGCCCAAGCGGGACGCGCAAGUCACCGCGGCCCCGACCAUCGGCGCGGACAAGACCAGACUCGCCCUUAAGGAGUGGUUCCGCACGCAGACGAAGAAGACUAUAUCCGUCGAAGUCGCGAGGAUGAAGUCCCUUUCCAAGUUCAAGCUUCUGACCGCGGCCAACGCCACCACCGCCCCCACUUCCACCAGCUCCGGCUCCGGCUCCGGCUCCGGCUUCUCGGCGGAAACACCCACGGCGUCUACUACCACGACCGCCACCCGCGUCAAUUUGCCUAAGCGGGACGCGCAAGUCACCGUGUCCACGACCUUCGGCGCGGAACCGACCAAAUGGGGCCCUAAGGGCUGGUGGGACCUGCAGACGAGGAGGACCAUGUCCGUCGAAGUCGCGAAGAUGAAGUCCUUCGCCAAGCUCAAGCUUCCGACCCCGGUCGUCGUCACCACCGCCCCUGCCUCCUCCACCGGCUCCGGAUCCUCCGCGGAGACACCCACGGCGGAGACACCCACGGCGUCCGCCGCCCCUACCUCCACCGGCUCCGGCUCCGGAUCCUCGGCGAAGACACCCACGGCGGAGACACCUACGGCGUCCACCGCCGCGACCAGCACCGGCGCCCCCGUACAGGAGCGGGCCGCGGGCAAGGGGGCCGGUUUACUCUUCUUCAAGUGCCGCUCCAAAAAGUGCGAGAACUUGUGCGGCAGCUGUGACAGGCACCUCAAGUAUCUGUCCCGCGAGGAAGAGAAGGCCCGCGAAGAGAAGCUCCGUGAGCAGAAGGCCCACGAGGAGAGGCUCCGCGAAGUGAAGCUCCGCGAAGAGCAGCUCCGCAAGCAGACGCUCCCCAAGGAGACGAUCCAGAAGAGGGAGACGCCCGGCCAGGAGGCGGUUAGCAACGAGGCCCCCGGCCACUGGCGCGGCAAAAAGUGCCGCCAGAAAUGGGGCCCGACUAAACCCUGCGCCACGACGCCCACGACACCUAAGAAGCCCAAGUGGCCCCAGAAGCCGAUGACCACUACCACCACUACCACCUCCGCCGCCACUUCCUCCUCCUCCUCCGCCACUUCCUCCUCCUCCUCCGCCUCCGCCUCCGCCUCCACCUCUGACUACACCCCGACCUACAUCCUCAACCCCUACCCCACCAUGCCCGCAGCGGGAUUAGGGAGUGACCCGGAAGUACCCCCCCGUCCCACCGAACCCGUCAUCAAGCGCAGCCAGGCGGAGCCGCAGCUCACCCGGGACAAUGAACUCAGGCCCAUCAUCCCGACCCUGCCCCGUCCCAUCCUGGACGUGCCCCCUGUCCCCGUCACCCCCCAAGAUUCGUCUUGUGAACCUCCCGCUCACAAAUUUCUGACUCUGGAUGAUCUCCCGCUGCCCACCCACCCCCUUCCGGAUUACUAUCCCAACAGAGAUCGGCCCUUACACUGUAUUCCCUCACGCCCACAUAUGCUGUUGCCCGGGCGGCAUGAUGAUCGUGAGGGGCCGGUUCCCGGGUUCAGGCCCGCAUUCGGCCAGACCUCGGCCGACACCCAGAAGUAA